AAUUUCUAAAUCAUGUGGCUAUUCUCGCAUAUUUAACCCACAGAUCGUAUUUAACAUAUUUUAGUGCCUAAACAUCAUAAUAAUCUGACUACAAAUCUAGAGAAUUCUUUCCCUAUCCCUACUUCACGAAACAAAUGUAAUUAGUUACAUAAGAGUAAAAUUGAAUAAACAAUUAUGUCGUCGAAGUAUAGGAUUCUAUGGAAUACCCUAUCAAGAAUUAAAUUUAAUAAGAGAUUUAUACAGAAGUGUAUUAAUGUACCAUUCCCUAAAGUAUUACCCGAACAAGCUGCAAUACCAUGUACCAUUGGGUUCUCUCUGUUCACUUGGCUAGGAUUUCAACCAAAACUUAGUGCUGAAGAUGAGCUUAUUCAAACUAUCAAACACUGUGUACUUUUUAUUCAAAGAUUGCAAUAUGAUAAGGCUGAACAAUUACUUCACAUUGCAUUAAGGCAGGCCCAGCAGAUGAAUCACAAAAUGGGUGUAACAUACAUCUAUGAUGUCAUGGCUAACUUGGCAUUGGAAAGAGAACAACUAGACAAAGCCAAGCAGCUCUUUGUUGCAGUCACACAGAGAAUAAUGGCAGAUGGAGCUAAAGAAGAUGAUCCUAGAGUUGUACAUCUUAGUAUCAAACUGGCCAGAAUCAGCCAUUUGAAAAAAGAAUACUCAACAGCUCAACUGGGUUAUGAUUGGUGCUUAGAAAAGUUACAUAGAGCUAUGGGUACAAAUCCUAGUGAUGACACUAUUAAAAUGCUUGCAGUAGCGGAGGACUGGUGUGGAAGGUUGUGUGUAGAUUGCAAUAAACUGGAGGAAGGCUUGAAAUUGAUGGUAAAUUCACUUGAACAUAUGCAGUCAGUGGGUGAUGUGGGCCAGGAGCAUUUUGUGGUCCAGUUGAAUGAUAUUGGAACAGUUUGUGUCCAGUUAGGAAGGACAGAUGAAAGCAUUGCUUAUUUUAAACAAGCUAUAGAAAUAGGAAAGAAGUUACCAGAGAUGGAAGAAUUAGGAACAAUGUAUGUUAAUUUAGGGAGGGCUUAUUUGAAGAAGCAACUGGUAGAGGAAGCCAGGAAGAGUUGCGGGCACGGGUGGAAACUGGGGGUGCAGGCUAACAAUAAAGAAAUCAAAGAGGAGGCUGAGGAAUGUAUCAAAGAAGUAAGGAGUAUGAUGAGGUAGAAUUGUACAAAGAGUUGUGGAAUUCUACAUUUGUUACAAAGAUACCUGACAUCAACUGUAAUUUUUAUAAUGAAAUUUGCUAGCUCUC